GUUCUGUCGUGCAUCUUUGAUCCAACUUACAUCUUGACUGGGAAGCCAGUAAAUUGCAUUCAUUGCACAACUCCUAGACUUCAGCCUGUUGUCUCCUUAAUUUGCCUACGCAUCACCUCAUGGCACCUGGCUCCCGGUCUCAGCUAGGUGAGUCCUGGGUCAUAGACGACGGUGACCAGGAUCCAGACUCUGGAAAUACCUCAUCCCCGUCAGAUCAGCAUGAAGUGUCAUCUCGACAUUCACCCAGAGGAUAUGCUUCACGACGCAGUGACAAGAUGAAACCCUCAAAGCCAACGCCACAUUCUUCUACGUUUUCCGAACCUAAUCUCAUCAUGCCAACCCUCGAUCACCAGUCUUAUACUUCUCUACCGUCGCCUAAGCUACCUCGCAAUCGCAAGGCCCCUUCUUCGACCAGAACAGUAUCCUCUCGACCUGUUCGCCCAAACCGUCCACCUCUCCAAGAAGCAGACCAAUCGGCACCAGACUCGCUCCUGAUGCAGACAGUCCAUCUGCUCUAUCCAGUGGCGACAUGGGUAUAUGAUAUUCUGAGCAGCUCGCUUUAUGUUCUCAAGAAGCCUCUUUCCUUAGUCCUUGCAUUGUACCUCUUUGGUGCCCUUGUGGUAAUGACGCAGAACCUUUUGACGUCAUCAAUAUAUGUCGCCCUUUCUCCCAUCUGUCGCAUUCCUGGCGUGUUCCUACUACAUCUUCCUAUCUGCGAGUACACCUCGUCUAGCACCGAUGCUCCUCGAAUCACUUCUGGGUCGUCCUCGGCACCGGUCGAGUUUGACGAACUCAUGAAAACGCAGGCUCAUUUUGAGGAAAUUCUCGCCGACUCUGCCGCAGGCGUUUCAUUGCCCAUGGACAUGAAGCGGUCAGAGACUUCGAUUCGAGACCUCCGCCAAAUAGUUCGAUUUUCACAACUCCAAUCACGAAAUGAGCUGGGUCUCGAGUUCGAUGGGUUCAUUGAAACCGCCAGGCUUGCAUCCUAUGACCUACAAAAGUUCAAUUCCCAUGUGGGUCGUGGCGUGGAUAUUGUGCUGAGUACUGCACGCUGGACAGAGAAAGUCCUCGAUGAUCUUAGCGUCAAGCAAGCCUCACGUGGAAUUGUUCCCACUUUCUUCCUAGACACGUUACUCGCCCCAUUCAAGCCGGUACAAUUCACCGAGUCACGUCUUCUUGAUCAGUAUAUACAGCACACGCGCAUUGUCGCCGAAGAGAUUGAACGCCUUAUCGAUGAAGCACAAGCACUGCUUCUGCUUCUCCAAAAUCUCGAAGAUCGCCUCGACGUGAUGCAUGGUAUUGCUAUGCACGAUAACAUCGCAGCACAAGCGACCAAAGAUGAGAUCCUCGCUCAACUCUGGACUGCCCUAGGCGGAAACCGUGGCCAGUUAGGAAAGGUCAACAAACAACUUUCGCUGUUGAAACAGGUAGGCACGUACCGAAAGGUUGCAUGGGCUCAUGUCUCGGCCACAAUCCUCAAAUUGCAAGCUAUGGGUGCAGAAUUGGAGGAGCUACGCACGCGCGUGGGAAGCGCUGAACUGCUCAAGAACCACAAGGAAAUCCCGCUGAGUGUCCAUAUUGAGAGCAUUCGGCUUGGAGUGGAGCGAUUGGAGGCGGGCAGGGACAAGGCGAGAAAAUUGGAGCAAAGUCACAUCAGACGUGUGGUCGACGGUGUUGAUGAUCACAUUAAGGCGCUCGGCUCGGAAUGA